AUGCGUAACCGGCAAGCGGCUCGGCGCACGCAAGCAGUAGAUCAAAAAGGGAAAUCGAGCAAGGGCCGAUCGGAGGUGGCCAAAAUGGGCACCACCACAGCCGAGAAAACGAUAAUGGCGCUGAAGGAGGUUUUCAGCAGGAAUGGGUUGCCGGAGCAGUUGGUUUCCGACAACGGACCCCCUUUUACUUCGGCGGAAUUUCGUGAAUACUGCUGCAAAAGAGGUAUUCAGCAGAUAUUCGCACCGCCGUACCAUCCUAAUUCAAAUGGAGAAGCUGAGCGUUUCGUGCAAACUUUCAAAAACACCCUGUAUAAAGGGUUACGAUCCAACAAAAGCCUUGAGAAUGCGGUAUUGGAUCUGUUCGAAUACAGGGUUACACCCCACGCAGCGACGGGACAGGCACCCACGGAAAUACUAAUGGGAAGGAGUCUGAGGACGAUUUAG